GCCCCGGCCAUUGCUCUCCGCGCUGCAUGCGAAUCCAUGAUCGCUCCCUGGGUUCCGCUGCGCGCAGCCAUCCCUGCCCCCCCGCCGCCGAUCAGUCGCCUUGCAGAGCAUGCACGUCUGCACCCCCCGCCGCUGUUUCCUCCACUCCAGAAGAGAGUCGACGGAAAGACGUGUGUCUCUUUUAUUUAUUAGUAGUAGUACUAUUCAUCUUGAUUCCAUUGCGCGCAGCUGCUUUUUGGCCACACCGGGCACUGUCUCCGCCGCGGAAUGGAUUGCACCGUCUGAUUCCAGCAAUCCGGUGACAUGUUGAACCGGAGGCUUCCAGCCUGCCACCUCCGUCAGUUCUCAGACAGCGCAAAGAAAAGUAUUCAGUGAACUAGUGCGUGCGGCAAGCACCCGGCGGCUCGAAUCCAGGAAUCGGAGGAGGGGUUUGGGAGGCAGGAGAAGAAAAAAAGUUGGAAGUUGAAGAAAGGAGGAUUAUGCGGUGAGUGCCGCACAUUGCCGCGAACAGGUGACCGAAAUAUCAGCGGACACUGUGGGGGGGGCACUUUAGGAGGCCUCUCCACCCCCUCCUCAACGUUGACGCUUCCCUCCUUCGCUGCAACGUUUACCCCAGAGGAUCACCGUACUUAACCCAGCAUCAGCAUGGAUCUAAAAGACCGGAGGAAUCGCUCCCUCACCGGGAGCCGCUGCUCCAAAGACUCCCAGUACAACACCUCUUCGCUCGAUGCAGACGAGCGCCGCGUGCCCACCCAGAAGUCGUACAGCUCCAGCGAGACGCUGAAGGCCUUCGAUCAUGAGCAGAGGCUUCACUAUGGCGGCUGCGUGACAGAUUUGGUACACCAUGAGUCUGAUGAGUACUCCAGGCAAGGCAUCCUGGAGUUCUCCCCUGUUCUUCUUCGAUAUCUUAUGUCAGGGGGUAACUUCACCCUCGCUGAGUUGGGAGUUUGUGAGCAAACUCCCCCGCCGCAUCCCGCUGCYGUUCCCUACUGUCCUGACCUGGGCCUCCUCCAGAGGGGCUACUCCCUCAGCGCCGGCUCAGACGCGGACUCGGACCCAGAGGGGCCUUUGUCUCCAGAGCGAGCCAUUCAGCUGUGGGCCGGGCGCGCAGGUGUGAAAUCUCGCCGCAGCUCGGGCGUGUCCAGCCGUGAGAACUCGGCCCUCACCCUCACUGACUCCGAGAAUGACAACAAGUCUGAUGACGAGUCAGGUCGCCCACUCCCUCCAACCUCCUCCUCCACCUUGCUCCCACCGUCCCUCCCGUCCUCCUCGUCCGCCCCUCAUCACCCCUCCCCCGGUCCGUCCCCACCCAUCAGGGAAUGCCAGGUUCCCCUGCUGGAGAAAAACUCCACCCACUCCCACCUGGAGCCCCACCGAGAUGACUCGUACCUGCUCCGAGCUCAGUCCGCCUCCACGGGGGCCGGUAACCACCACAGUCAGUCCACUCUGCAGCCUCCACUGCCKCCUCCACACAACCACCACAACCUGUCCCACCAGUCUGCAAACAGCYUGAACAGAAACACCCUGAGGGGGGGACGGAACCCCAUUCACGCCCCGGCUCCGGGCACCGGAGAUGGACCCACCACCCCGGAGUCRGUCCAGCUACAGGACAGCUGGGUGCUCAACAGCAACGUCCCGUUGGAAACCAGGCACUUCUUGUUCAAGACGUCAUCAGGGACCACCCCGCUCUUCAGCAGCUCCUCCCCCGGAUACCCGCUGACGUCGGGGACGGUCUACUCUCCGCCGCCUCGCCUCCUGCCCAGGAACACCUUCUCUCGCUCAGCCUUCAAGCUGAAGAAGCCGUCCAAAUACUGCAGCUGGAAAUGCGCGGCGGUCACGGCGAUCGCAGCCGCCGCCCUGCUGGCCAUCUUACUGUCCUACUUCAUUGCGAUCAACUUGCUGGGUCUGACGUGGCAGCUGAAGCCCUCUGACGGCCCUCUGUUAAACAACGGACUGGGAGCUGGUCUGCCUGUCAACAGUGACGUGGCCACACUGCCCUCUGGAGGCAGAGGUCCGUGGGCAGGCAGAAACAGCAGCAUAGACACCGGGAACAUCGAGGUGGGCAGGCGGGUGACCCAGGACGUCCCCCCUGGAGUGUUUUGGAGAUCCCUCCUCUAUCUCAGCCAGCCGCAGUUCCUCAAGUUCAACAUCUCCCUCGGGAAGGAUGCCCUCUUUGGAGUUUACAUCCGCAAGGGCCUGCCCCCCUCGCAUGCGCAGUACGACUACAUGGAGCGCCUCGACGGGAAGGAGAAGUGGAGCGUGGUGGAGUCCCCGCGGGAGAGGAGGAGCAUCCAGACCGUGGUCCUGAACGAGGCGGUGUUUGUCCAGUACCUGGACGCCGGCGCCUGGCACCUGGCCUUCUACAACGAUGGCCGGGAGAGAGAGUCGGUCUCCUUCAGCACAAACGUCAUGGAUUCGGUGCAAGAGUGCCCGCGCAAUUGCCAUGGCAACGGAGAGUGCAACUCGGGCGUGUGCCACUGCUUCCCCGGAUUCCACGGCAUGGACUGCUCCAAAGCUGCUUGUCCGGUGCUGUGCAGCGGCAACGGCCAAUACGACAAGGGUUCCUGUGUGUGUUACAGUGGCUGGAAGGGACCCGAGUGCGACAUCCCCGUCACGCAAUGCAUAGACCCUCUUUGCAGCGGCCACGGCACCUGCACCGAUGGAAACUGCGUGUGCUCCAUCGGUUACAAGGGGCCGAACUGUGCAGAGGUGGAUUGCCUGGACCCGACGUGUUCCAACAACGGCAUCUGCGUGAACGGAGAGUGCCACUGCAAGCCGGGGUGGGGAGGGCUCCACUGCGAACUGCCCAGGGCCCAGUGCCCGGACCAGUGCCACGGCCACGGCGCCUUCAUCCCAGACACCGGCUUGUGCAGCUGCGACCCCAACUGGAUGGGGCCCGACUGCUCCAUGGAGGUUUGCUCGGUCGACUGCGGGACCCACGGCGUGUGCAUGGGCGGGGCAUGUCGCUGCGAGGAAGGCUGGACCGGGGCCGGCUGCGACCAGCGCGUCUGCAACCCGCUCUGCAUCAAACACGGGACCUGCAAGGACGGCAAGUGCCAGUGCCACCAGGGCUGGAACGGCGAGCACUGCACCAUCGACCAUGGGAGCAUGGUUGACAAAGCAGGUACCGUAUCUGACUCUGUGCACUGCAGCAGGGUCCAAGCUGUCAUUGAGCUCUUCGUGUGUCGUGGGGUGACCGUAGAGCCCUGGUGUGGUGGUCCCGAAAGUGCCGAGGGGGCUGUGCCGUGGGGGGAGGUUGAUGGUUCCCUCCUCACUMUGUCCCUUUCUUGUCCCCCGUCCAGCUUGGCGUCCCUCAUCCGGGGUCAGGUGCUGACCACAGACGGAACCCCUCUGGUGGGGGUCAACGUGUCUUUUGUCAACUAUCCACACUACGGAUACACGCUGACGCGGCAGGACGGAAUGUUUGACCUGAUAGCUAACGGCGGCGCCUCUCUGACCCUGCGGUUCGAGCGCGCGCCCUUCCUGAGCCAGGAGCGCACCGUGUGGCUGCCCUGGAGCCAGUUUUAUGCAAUGGACACGGUGGUGCUUAAGACAGAGGAGAACACGAUCCCAGGCUGCGAUCUGAGCGGCUUCGUCAGGCCUGACCCUGUUGUGAUUGCAUCCCCUCUCUCCUCCUUCUUCAGCUCCAAGCCAGGGGAGAAACCCAUCAUACCRGAGACACAGGUGCUGCAUGAGCAGAUCGAGGUGCCCGGCACGGGCCUCAAGCUGUGCUACCUAAGCUCCCGCACACAGGGCUACCGCUCGCUCCUCAAGGUCACCAUGACCCCGGCCGUAGUGCCGAUGGGCCUGCUGAAGGUGCACCUGAUGGUGGCCGUGGAGGGCCACCUCUUCCAGAAGUGGUUCCACGCCUCCCCGAACUUGGCCUACACCUACAUCUGGGACAAGACGGACGCGUACGGGCAGAGGGUCUACGGUCUGGCCGAAGCCGUCGGUGAGUGGYGCAGGCGGCUUCUUCUUUCUCUCUCUCUCUCUUUCUCUCUCGGCACUCGCAUCCUGCACAAAGGCAGUGGCGAGAACGUGUUCGUGACGGAGCAACCUCCGGUCAUCACGAGCAUCAUGGGAAACGGACGCAGGCGCAGCAUCUCGUGCCCGAGCUGCAACGGCCUCGCGGACGGCAACAAGCUGCUGGCACCGGUCGCCUUGGCGAUGGGCAUCGACGGCAGCCUGUAUGUCGGUGACCUCAACUUCGUGCGUCGGGUCUACCCAUCGAUGAACACGACGGGAAUCCUGGAGCUGAGGAACAAAGACUUCAGGCACAGCAAUAACCCAACCCAUAAGUACUUCCUGGCGGUGGAUCCGGUAUCCGGGGCGCUGUUCAUCUCGGACACCAACUCCAGGCGGAUUUAUAGGGUUCGCUCGCUGACGGGUGGCCGGCUGCUGUCUGACAACGCCGAGGUGGUGGCGGGGACAGGGGAGCAGUGCUUACCCUUCGACGAGCGCUGCGGCGACGGUGGAAAAGCCACUGAAGCUACGCUAAUGAGCCCCAAAGGCAUCGCUGUGGAUAAAAAUGGCCUGAUGUAUUUCGUGGACGCCACCAUGAUCCGCAAGGUGGACCAGAAUGGCAUCAUCUCCACUCUGCUUGGCGCCAACGAUCUAACUGCCGUCCGGCCGCUGAGCUGUGACACCAGCAUGGACGUCAGCCAGGUCCGUCUGGAGUGGCCCACGGACUUAGCAGUGAACCCCAUGGACAACUCUCUCUACGUCCUGGAAAACAAUGUCAUCUUACGCAUCACUGAGAACCACCAGGUGAGCAUUAUUGCCGGCCGGCCCAUGCAUUGCCAAGUGCCAGGCAUUGACUACAGCCUCAGCAAGCUGGCUAUACACGCCGCCCUGGAGAGUGCCACAGCCAUCGCCCUGUCCCACACCGGCACUCUCUACAUCGCUGAGACAGAUGAGAAGAAGAUUAAUCGAGUCAGACAGGUGAACACCAACGGAGAGAUCUCUCUCCUGGCCGGCGCCGCCUCCGACUGCGACUGCAAGAACGACGUCAACUGCAACUGCUUCUACGGCGACGACGGCUACGCCCCCGACGCGGGCUUGAACUCCCCGACGUCCCUCGCCGUCUCCCCCGAYGGCACCCUCUUCAUCGCCGACCUCAACAACAUACGRAUCAGGGCGGUGCGGGCGAACCGGCCGGGCCCGGCCCUCUCGAGCGUGGGGUUUGCCGGGUCGGCGCAGUACGAGGUGGCGUCACCGCGGGAACAGGAGCUGUACGUCUUCGACGGCGAGGGCCUUCACAUCCAGACAGUCAGCCUCGUGACCGGGGAGCCCCUUUAUAACUUCACCUACGGCUCGGACGGCGAGCUGGUCAUGCUGGUGGACAACUGCAACAACACUGUCAAGGUCAGGCGAGAUGGCCAAGGGCAGGGAGGAGGAGCCGGCCUGCUCAGGCUGGUGCUGCUGCCCGAGAAUCAGGUGGUGACCCUCGGAUUGGACCCGACCGGGGGGCUGCGCAGCGUGUCCGCCAUGGGCCAGGAGGUGGCUUUGAUGGGCUACAGCGGGAACACGGGCCUGCUGGCCACCAAGGCUGAUGAGACCGGAUGGACAACAUUCUACCAGUACGACAGCGAGGGCCGCCUGACCAACGUGACAUACCCGACGGGCAUGGUGACGAGUCUCCACCGCGAGAUCGAGCGUUCCAUCAACAUAGACAUCGAGAGCUCAAGCCGGGACGACGACGUCACCGUCAUYACCAACCUGUCCUCGGUCGAAGCCUCCUAUACAGUGGUGCAAGACCAGGUGAGGAACAGCUACCAGCUGUGCAACAACGGCACCCUGAGAGUGAUGUAUGCCAACGGAAUGGGCAUCAGCUUCCACACCGAGCCCCACAUCCUGGCAGGCUCCGUCAGCCCCACUAUCGGUCGGAGGAACAUCACCCUGCCCACCGACAACGGCCUCAACUCCAUCGAGUGGCGUCUGCGCAAAGAGCAGACCAAGGGCCGGAUCACCGUGUUUGGGAGGAUGGUCAACCUGCAGAGCGGCGGCUUCUCUUGCACCAUCCGCUACCGCAAGAUGGGCCCCCUGAUCGACAAGCAGAUCUACCGCUUCAGCGAGGAGGGCAUGGUGAAUGCCAGGUUCGACUACACCUACCAUGACAACAGCUUCCGCAUUGCCAGCAUGAAGCCCGUCAUCAGCGAGACCCCGCUGCCCGUUGACCUCUACCGAUAUGAUGAGAUYUCCGGAAAGGUGGAGCACUUUGGGAAAUUCGGGGUCAUCUAUUAUGACAUUAAUCAAAUCAUCACCACAGCCGUAAUGACGCUGAGUAAGCAUUUCGACACCCACGGUCGCAUCAAGGAGGUCCAGUACGAGAUCUUCCGUUCGCUCAUGUACUGGAUGACGGUGCAGUAUGACAGCAUGGGCCGGGUUGUGAAGAGAGAGCUCAAGAUUGGGCCCUACGCCAACACCACUCAGUACCGCUAUGACUAUGAUGGAGACGGACAGCUCAGCGGUGUCAAGGUGAACGACUGGUCCACCUGGCGCUACAGCUACGACCUGAACGGCAACCUCCACCUGUUGAAUCCCGGCAACAGCGCCCGGAUCCUUCCCCUCCGCUACGACCUCAGGGACCGCAUCACCCGCCUGGGAGACGUCCAGUACCGCCUAGACGAGGACGGUUUCCUCAGCCAGCGCGGCUCGGACGUCUUCGACUACAAUUCCAAAGGUCAGCUCCUGAGGGCCUACAACAGAGGACCGGGCGGCUGGAGCGUGGUGUACCACUACGACGGGCUCGGCCGUAGGGUGUCCACGCGGAACAGCCUGGGACAGCACCUCCAGUUCUUCUACGCUGACCUGAACCAUCCCACCAGGGUGACGCAUAUCUUCAACCACUCCAGCUCUGACAUCUCAUCGCUUUACUACGACCUGCAGGGCCACUUGUUUGCAAUGGAGGUGAGCAGCGGAGAGGAAUAUUAUAUUGCAUCUGACAACACAGGAACCCCACUGGCAGUUUUCAGCAGCAACGGGCAGAUGAUCAAACAGGUGCAGUACACAGCCUACGGUGAGGUGUACCUCGACUCUAACCCAGAGUUCCAGCUGGUGGUGGGUUUCCACGGCGGCCUGUACGACCCGUUGACCAAGCUGGUGCACUUCACCCAACGAGACUACGACGUGUUGGCCGGACGCUGGACCUCGCCCGACUACAGCAUGUGGCCCAAGAUAGGAAGAGACCUCUCCCCGUUUAAUCUGUACAUGUUCAAGAACAACAACCCGCUCAGCGACAUGCUGGACGUCAAAAACUACGUCACAGAUGUGAAGAGCUGGUUGGUGAUGUUUGGCUUUCAGCUCAGCAACAUAAUCCCAGGAUUCCCUCGACACUCRCUCUACUUUGUGGAGCCGCCGUAUGAGCUUCAAGCCACCCAGCAUUGUGAGAACGGACAGCUCAUCACUGGCGUGCAGCAGGCAGCAGAGCGCCACAACCAGGCCUUCAUGGCCCUCGAGGGCCGCCUUCUCAACAAAGAGCGCCGCAGACGUAAAGACAAGCCCGGCCACUGGUUCGGCACCAGCACCCCCAUCAUCGGCCGCGGUGUGAUGCUGGCGCUGAAGGAGGGCCGCGUUGUGGCCGGCGUAUCGCCGCUGGCCAGCGACGACAGCCGCAAGAUAGCUCUGGUGCUCAACGGCGCCCAGUACCUGGAGGGCACUCACUACACUCAGGACGGGAGGGACUGCCACUACUUUGUGAAAGUGGGGUCUGCCGACAGCGACCUGUUGGCCCUGGGGCUCACGAACGGGCGGAAGUCUCUGGAGAGCGGCAUCAACGUGACGGUGAGCGGCCGGUCGAGGAGAGGCGUGACCGUGGAGUUCGCCGUCCCAUCGCUAGUGCUGAGCAUUCGCUACGGGCUCUCUGUGGACGUGGUGGACGAAGAGAAGGUAAGACUGCUGGAGCUGGCCCGACAGAGGGCCCUGGCGGGAGCCUGGGCAAAGGAGCAGCAGCGCGCAAGGGACGGGAAAGGCGGCAGUCGCCUCUGGACCGAAGGGGAGAGGCAGCAGCUUCUAACGACGGGUCGGGUCCAAGGCUACGAYGGCUACUACGUGCUGCCGGUGGAGCAGUACCCAGAACUGGCCGACAGCAGCAACAACGUCCAGUUUCUCAGACAGAAUGAGAUGGGCAGGAGGUAACAGCCCACCCGAACCCCGCUGACUCUUCCCUUCUCUCCUGACGUCUCCGAAUUUUGUCCCUUGUUUUUUGUUUUUUUUGUUGAUUUUUUCCAACCCAGCCUCCUUAACCUUCUUACUCCUCUGAAAACCUACGGAGAACUAACCAACA